GUCCACGCAAGACUCGUCGCCAGUCUCCCGACUUCCUGCCGCCUCCUGCGCCAUGCAUCAAUAAGACGACCCUGCGACGCGACCCUCCGUCCACGACAGCGUCCCUCGCGCCCCUCCGCCCGAGUCCCGCCCUAGCACGAAAAGAAAGAGAAGAGAAAAAAAAGGAAAAUCGAGGUCCAAACUUUCUUGAACCACACCAACACCACGAUCCGUCAUGUGCGGCAUUCUUGCUGUCAUCCUCGCCAGCCAGACCGCUGACGCGGCACCUGAGCUUCACCAAGCGCUGUACUACCUCCAGCACCGCGGUCAAGAUGCGUGCGGCAUUGCGACCUGCUCAAAAGGUGGAAAGAUGUACCAGUGCAAGGGCAACGGCCUAGCCUCCAAGGUCUUCCAAGAGGGACGGAGAGUGAAUGAUCUGCCAGGAUACAUGGGGCUGGCACAUCUGCGAUACCCAACAGCUGGCAGCAGCGCGAACUCGGAAGCGCAGCCAUUCUAUGUCAACUCUCCAUACGGUAUCUGCUUUACUCACAAUGGCAAUCUGAUCAAUGCACCAGAGCUCAAGGAAUAUCUGGAUCAAACUGCACACAGACACAUCAAUACCGAGUCAGACAGCGAGCUCAUGCUCAAUGUCUUCGCCGACGAGCUGAACGAGACUGGCAAGGCCCGAAUCAAUGCCGAAGAUUGUUUCAGUGCGCUGGAGCGCAUGUACCAGAGGUGUAAAGGCGGUUGGGCAUGCACUGCAAUGUUGACUGGCUUCGGCUUGAUUGGCUUCCGUGACGCCUAUGGCAUUCGUCCCAUGGUCAUUGGAGAGAGGGAAUCUGAGGAUAUCCCAGGAGGCAUGGACUACAUGAUGGCGUCCGAGUCCGUUGCACUCGACCAGAAUGGCUACACCAAUAUCCAAGACAUCCUUCCCGGCCAAGCUGUCAUCAUCGAGAAGGGCAAGAAGCCCGCAUUCCGGCAGGUGAGCCCACAGAUGACAUACGCUCCCGACAUCUUUGAGUACGUCUACUUUGCCAGACCAGAGAGCAUCAUCGAUGGAAUCUCCGUCUACCGCAGUCGUCAGCUUAUGGGCUACCGCCUGGCCGAGACCAUCCAGAAGCAGCUUUCCCCGGAAGAACUGAGAGAUAUCGACGCUGUCAUUCCGCUUCCAGAGACCGCCCUUGUAUCGGCUUAUGCUGUCAGCAAGCACCUCAAGAAGCCAUACUGCCAAGGCUUCAUCAAGAACCGUUACAUCUUCCGCACGUUCAUCAUGCCAUCGCAGAAAGCCCGUCAACGCGGCGUGCGUGCCAAACUAAAUGCCAUUCCCAUCGAGUUCAAAGGCAAGAAUGUGUUGCUCGUGGACGACAGCAUUGUCCGUGGUACCACCUCUCGCGAGAUUGUACGCAUGGCUCGCGAAGCUGGUGCCAACAAGGUCUAUUUCAGUAGUUGCGCGCCGCCUAUCACGCACUCGCAUAUCUACGGAAUCGAUCUUGCCAGCAAAGACGAGCUUGUGGCGCACCAGCGGACCGUGGACGACAUUGCCAAGCACAUUGGCGCUGACGGCGUCAUCUACCAAAACUUGGACGAUCUCAAAGCCGCAUGUGCACAAGAGAGCCCUCGUGGCCCUGGUCAGGAGUUUGAGGUUGGCGUGUUCUGUGGCAAGUACGUCACUCCUGUGGAAGACACGUAUUUUGAGCAUCUUGAGCGCAUCCGCGGCGAGACGAAGAAGAUGAAGGUGCUCGAGAGCGCGCAGCAGGCCGUCUCGCUCGGCAAGGCGGAGCCCGAGCAGGUGAAGAUGGCAGCUCACGGCGUGGCUGUUGCGGAGAGUGGUGAGGUCGUUGCUCGUGACUCCGGCUCAGACGGAGAAGGUCGUCUGCCGAAGAAGGAGCGUGUCGAUCGACUGUCGCGAGGUAAUAGCUUUGCCGAUGCCCGACCCCGACUCAACGGAGCACAUGGCAGCGAGAAGCACGAUAGCCAGGACAUGGGCCUUCAUAACCUGAACGACCAUGACGGACAUUUGUGAGCAGAAGCGGGCACGAUGUAGAUGACAAUUCAACGCGACGACGGCAUACGGAUGGCGUUUUCGGGGUGUCUGGCGCUCAUAGAUGGGUUCGUGCAGGCUUGGUGCGGCAUCACUGCCGCGGCACAUGGGUGGCGGACGUUGUGGUAGCAGCCUCGACUGCGUUGCGCAGUUCAGAUGGAUGCAUUCCUGUUUCGGCACAUGCUCCAUACCGUACUUAGGUAGUACUUGUGGCAAAAUUCCAUGCCUUGAUACCUAAUCUGCAGUUGCACAGUUGCCAAAGUGGACAAGCAUAAUGCACGAUCG